CUGUGACUCUCCGCAGACGGCUUCAGAAGAGACCACACUUGCCUGAACUCUGUCGCCUCUCUCUCCAAGCUUUUAAUUCAGCUUUGACAUUUCUUAUCUCUUUCGUAUGUUCUUCAACAGCACCGUCUCGAUUCACGAGCUAGGUCGUCCAUUGAUUGGGGAUUAGAGCCACUCGAACAGAUUCCACUUUGACUUCGGUGGCAAAGGCGGGGAAAAUUAAAAGCGCAACUUCGUCUCGCUAAAUUUUGAACUGGCAAUUGUUGUUUCUGAAUUGGCUUUCUCAACAACACUUCCUAGAAAUCCAAGUUGAAGCUCCCUACUUCUCUCUGUCUCUCACAUUUGGGGCUCGAGGGUUGCGUUUCUCACCCUUGUUGCUUUUUGAUGUCAUUUCUCUCACUACAGUUUUUGUAAUAUCUGUUUUUGGAUCUGCCUAACCCUAGUCACAGUAAUAUCUUAUAGCAUGGACUCUCCUCAAUCUGUUGUGUCGCCGUUCAAGAGCUCUGUGUUGGGUGAUAGUGAGAAGCAAAAGUCUGGUCCCUUGUCUAAGGACAUAGAGGUCAAUGGAAAGGAAGCCACCAAGCCGAAUCUAGAAGAUUCCAUUGGUGUUCUUGAUGUCUGCAUUCAUCAAGCUAGGGACAUCCAUAACAUUUGCAUAUACCACAAGCAAGAUGUUUAUGCUAAGAUCUGCUUAACUAGCAACCCUGACACCACUGUUUCCACCAAGAUCAUUAAUGGGGGUGGAAGGAACCCUGUGUUCAAUGAGAAUCUUCGCCUUAAUGUUAAUUCUGUUGAUUCCUCUCUUAAAUGUGAGAUAUGGAUGCUGAGCAGGGUCAAGAAUUAUCUAGAAGAUCAGCUUCUUGGUUUUGCCUUGGUGCCUUUGUCUGAAGUGCUUGCUAAGAAUGGAAGAACACUUGAGAAAGAGUUCUCUCUUUCUUCAACUGAUCUGUUCCAUUCCCCAGCCGGCUUUGUCCAAUUGUCCCUUGCAUACACUGGAGCUUCCCCUGAUGUCAUGGUGAUCCCCUCUUCAGUCUCCACCGAGGCAGCAGCCACUGAUUCCCCCUUGGCGCUGGACCCUGAGACCACCGAGUCACUGGCCAAAGAUUUGGAUAAGAUCGAGUUCCCGGAUCCGAAGAUUGUCAACGAAGAUCACCUGAUGGUUUCAGAAUAUUUUGGGAUUUCUUGUGAUGAAACCCAGUGUUCUGAAAGUCUGGCCACUUCUGAUGCUGAUCAUCACAGCUCUGAUGCAGGUGUUCAGCUUGUAGAAAGCUUCUCAGCAUGCAGUGUUGAGUCUGCCCAACCUGCCAUUACCAACGUUGAUUCACCACCAAGCAUUGUAUCAACAAAUGGGGUUUCUUCCCCAUCAGUGCAAGCUAGCUCAGACUCAUCUGAUGCUGCUCCUCCUGCUGCCGCAUCAAAAUCUCCCACUCAGGAACAAGUUUCCGGCGCCAAAGAGGAGAAACGCCUGGCGGAUGCCAAAGAUCGAAUGGGUGAGAGUGAUUCCUCAAGCAAGGUGGUGGUUCCAAACAAAGAAAAUGAAUCAUUCCCUAAGCCUGUUGUGUCUGUGAACAUUGAGCCAGAACCAAUGGUGGUGCAGCAGGAUAUAGUAGACAUGUACAUGAAAAGCAUGCAGCAGUUUACAGAGUCGCUGGCGAAGAUGAAGCUUCCAGAUAUCGAGAGCGGGUCACCGAGUUCAGGGAACUCGAGCUCAGAGAAGAAAUUGGAGUCACCAGCAUCAACAAAGAGCAACAAUAACUCUCGUGUGUUUUAUGGAAGCAGAGCUUUCUUCUGAGCUUUAACAUUCCCAUGUUCAAGUUUUUAUAUCCAAACAUGCAAGUGACCUUAGAUCUUUAGAACAAGAAAACUGAUGUCAGUAGUGGGAUGUAUGUAAUAAUGUGCUGUGUUAGUGUGGUUUCUUAUUCUACUUUCUGUACUUUGGGAUGUUUUAGGGUGACUCUGAUGAAUCAUGGCUCUGUUGUACUCUCUCUCUCUCACAAGCUUGGUUCUAUAUCUUAACUACAACGUGAACUUUUCUCUGUUUGAUCCAA